AAAUUGCUUGCACUAUGGUGAGCCGGCUACCUCACCACGUGAUUGUGGUUUGCAGCCUGAAAUGAUUUGAGUGUGACAGGGUCAUCUAGGGAGGACUCAAUUGUCGACGACGAUAAAAUUAUAAAACCUCCCGUUUCCAGGAUUGCCGCUCCUUCUGCUUUCCACAAAAACAGCAAAAGACGCGCUCUGUCAAACAUCCCCAUAAAAGUACACGCAUCCAAGUACCCACAGCGCGUCGUUGGCUUCAAGUAUGAACCAGAGCGCUUCAUGUCGAAUACCGACCCGAGCGUUGCCCAGUCGCGACCCCCCGCAAAGACAGACGACGCGCCCUCACCGCUGCCCGAGCAUCCGGCGGCCGCCAGGCAGGAUCAGCCAAAGGACCCCUUCCGCGUUUCUACGCUUGAGGUGGCGGGACCCUUCCUGCAGACAUCUACCGACGACCACUUGUGUAGGCAAGUUUCGACAACUGCGCAUUUUUUAUCUUUCAUAUUCUACAGGAAGAAAUUACAAAGGAAUUCGUCGGGACCCUGUGUUGAGGAGCAAAGCCACCACAGCUUCGUAAUUGCCAUCAUCGGUAUGGAACAAGCUCUUGCUUUCGUCUUUGAAUCCACAUGGGUUUAUCCCCCCAAGUGUUACGACCAGACAAGUUGGGCCAGUGCCAGUGAGGCCAGGCGGGGUCACACCCCUCCUGACAACACUGGACCUGAGAAACACCGACCGACGGGAAACAAGAUUACGUGAGGGAAAAGGAUCACGUGACCCCACGUGAUCACCGGGAAGGUGAUCCCCGGUGAUCUGUAAGACCUCGAUUGGGAAUUACAGAUCAGACAGAUCAAGGGAGAUCACAUCUGGAACAUAGUCUAUAUAAGGACACGCUCAUUACCAUGUAGAUAGAUUCGAUUCUAGGAUUGCUUAGCAGC